AGAAUUGUGGGACAUGUGGAGGACUUCCUACCUUUCGGUGCGCUCUAGAAAGGCAUGACGUUGGGUAGUUACCUUUGUUACACGGUUCAAUCAGCGUUCAAAGGAGGUAGCGUUACCGGCGAGAAAUCAUGCAUUUGUCUCUGGAAACUACUGAAGCCGAAGCUACGAAUUCGCUAUGAAACCACUAAGGCCAGUGAACUAUAGUUAGCGAAAACAUUUAGAAGUUUUUCGACAGCUGGUUGGCUACUUGCUGGUUCGUGGCAAACUUUUUUUUGGACUGUCAUUUAACUUCGAGGAUAACUUCAAAGGUCAUCGGAGGAAAUGAAGUUGGACAGUAAACAAAGUUGUAGUUAGCUUGCUUGCUUCGUGUGCUUUGUAUGUUGACAGCUCUUCCAUAACCCUCUGAGCUAGCUGGCUACAUCGUUUCUACGCUUUUAGUAAACCGGUGAACGAACCGUUCUCAUUUGCAAUAAUUACAUAGACUACCAACGUUUUUUACACAUUCACUGGCCAUUUGAUUAUUAACUGACGUUGGUUGGCUAACUGCUAUUUUACCCCUGUCACUGGAGAUAACCAAUUGUAGCACAGUAAUGACUCGUGCAGUUCGUCUUGUUGGAUCGUUCUUUAAUUACAAAUUAAUCUUGUUGAAAUAGUUGACGUACAGCUGAUCUUUCGCACUCUCUUGUUUAACUGGCUAUUCUGUUACUUUGUCGCAAUGGCUAGUUUGUAGGUAUAUAUCUUGAUAAUGUUAUAUCUUGAUAAUCGCAAUGGCUAGUUUGUAGGUAUAUAUCUUGAUAAUGUUAUUUUGAUGAACUUUAUUUUGGAUAUUUUGGCUAGGUAUUUUUUGGCAAAACCAUCAGAACGCAAGUUACCCUUCAGGUAUAUUAGUCAGCUAGUCACAUGAUGGCCCCCUUAGGCAUGCGGAUGUCGCGAAAAAAUGUGUCUGCUUGCUCCUUGUAACGUUGGCUACCUAACGCUCGCUACCUGAGAGACAAUGAGCAAGGGGGAAACUGCUGACAUUUGAGGCUAAUGCGACUAGUUGUUUACUGCGGUGUCCGACAGCAUAUAUUAUAUUUGCAGACGCGUUUCCGUUCACGAAUGACUGUUAUGGACAUAAUCAUAAUAUUAUGACCACCACAACCUGGCAUACGUUUACUUGUAAAUAAUGUUUUGAAAAUAAUUGGUUGCCAUUUUUACGUUAGUUUUAACAUUUUAUAGUUUGUAUUGGUUGUUGCAGAGAGACAAUGGAUGACAAUAAAAAACAUCUUCAGCUUUAACAGAAAAGGACAAAAAUGACUAGCCUAAUGGCUUUGUGUAGGUAGAGAAACAUUUUUUUUAAGAGGUUCUGUUCAACAUAGAAAUCCACGUGCCUUUUAAGGCCACAGAAGUCCACCAUGUCUUUGGUCAUAUAUUCUAAACUUCCGGAGAAUUUGAAGAAAACCUCGGCCGUAAAGAAAGCAGUCCUCCUGCUUGUUGCUGCCUAUGGGGUGAAGAAACUAUACCCCUUUGUCUCUGGAAAGCUCAGAGGAGGGGUCGAUAAGCGGUUGGAUGGUAAGCUUCCUCAAAGAUCGAACGGCGGAUCCCCAGAUGUGGAGAAAGCGAAGAAGAAGAGCAGCUCUCCAGCCGUGAACCGCGAGUUUUUUGAUCGCCUGAUACGGCUGCUGCGCAUCCUCUUCCCUCGGCUCGUCUGCAAAGAGCUCGGACUUUUGGGCGUCCACUCUCUGGCCCUCAUAUCGCGAACUUUCUUAUCCAUCUACGUUGCCAGCCUGGAUGGCAGAAUCGUCAAAACAAUCGUGAAGAAGGACCCGCAGGCGUUUGUGUGGGAGCUGACCAAAUGGCUCCUGAUCGCCAUCCCCGCUACCUUUGUCAACAGUGUUAUCCGCUACCUGGAAGGCCAGCUGAGCCUGGCGUUCCGCACGCGGCUGGUCACCCACGCCUACCGCCUUUAUUUCAGCGACCAAACCUAUUACCGCGUCAGCAACAUGGACAGCCGCCUGGCGAACCCGGACCAGUCGCUGACGGAGGACAUGGUCAUGUUCGCCGCCUCCGUGGCCCACCUCUACUCCAAUCUCACGAAGCCCAUCCUGGAUGUGGUGGUGACCUGCUACACCCUCCUCAAAACAGCCGAGUCUAAGGGAGCCAACACCACCUGGCCGUCGGUCAUAGCGGGCAUCGUGGUGGCGCUCACUGCCAAGGUGCUUCGCGCCUUUUCCCCGCGCUUCGGCAAGCUGGUCGCCGAGGAGGCCAGGAGGAAAGGAGACCUCCGCUACAUGCACUCCCGCAUCAUCGCCAAUUCCGAGGAGAUCGCCUUCUAUGGGGGACACAAGGUGGAGAUGUCCCAGCUGCAGCAGUGCUACCAGGCCCUGUCAUCCCAGAUCAACCUGAUCCUGUUCAAGCGGCUGUGGUACGUCAUGCUGGAGCAGUUCCUCAUGAAGUACGUGUGGAGCGCCUCGGGCCUGGUCAUGGUGGCUGUGCCCAUCAUCACGGCCACGGGAUACUCCAAACACGAUUCGGAGGACGUGAAGCAGGCUGCCAUGGUGAUGAAGGAGGAGGAGCUUGUGAGCGAGCGCACGCAGGCCUUCACCACGGCCCGGAGCCUCCUGAACGCCGGCGCCGACGCCGUGGAGAGGAUCAUGAGCUCCUACAAGGAGGUGACGGAGCUGGCGGGCUACACGGCGCGGGUGUAUGAGAUGUUCGCCGUGUUCGAGGACGUGCGCGUGGGCGUGUACCGGCGCUCCGCGGCGCAGGACGGGGGGGCGGGUGGGACCUCGCGGGAGGUGCAGCACGGCAUGAGGAUGGAGGGCCCGCUGGAGAUCAGAGGUCAGGUGAUCGAUGUGGAGCAGGAGAUCAGCUGCGAGAACCUCCCGAUCAUCACCCCCUCAGGAGAUGUGGUGGUGACCAGCCUCAACAUUAAGGUGGAGGAGGGGAUGCACCUCCUGAUCACCGGGCCGAACGGCUGUGGGAAGAGCUCUCUGUUCCGCAUCCUGAGUGGCCUGUGGCCUGCGUACCGCGGCGUGCUGCGCAAACCCGCCCCCCACAACAUGUUCUACAUCCCUCAGAGGCCCUAUAUGUCUGUGGGGACCCUGCGGGACCAGGUGAUCUACCCACACACCCUGCAGGAGAUGAGGGGGCGGGGCUUCACCGACCAGCAGCUGGAGGACAUCCUGAACAUCGUCAACCUGCGCUACAUCCUGGAGGAGGAGAGGGGAGGGAGGGAGGGGAGGGGGGAGGUGGAGAGUGAGGGAGGCUGGGAUGCGGAGAGCGACUGGAAGGACGUGCUGUCAGGAGGGGAGAAGCAGCGAGUGGGCAUGGCCAGGAUGUUCUACCACAGGCCGAAGUACGCCCUCCUCGAUGAAUGCACGAGUGCCGUGAGCAUCGACGUGGAAGGCAAGAUAUUCCAGUCUGCAAAGGAUGCUGGGAUAGCGCUCCUCUCCAUCACCCACAGGCCCUCGCUCUGGAAGUACCACACCCACCUGCUGCAGUUCGACGGCGAGGGCGGCUGGCGGUUCGAGAAGCUGGACGCCUCCACGCGGCUCUCCCUGCAGGACGAGAAGCUGCGGCUCGAGACACAGCUGUCCGGGAUUCCCAAGAUGCAACAGCGCCUGGCCGAGCUGUGCUCCAUCCUGGGGGAGGACAGCGCCCUGCCCCGCCCCGGCGAGGGCGAGGGUGGCGGCGAGGUUGGGGGUGGGAGCGAGGGCGGGGGCCAGGGCGAAGGGCCGCAGGAGCAGCAGGAGGAGGAGGAGGAAGGGGCGGAGCAGCCGGAGAUCAAACAGGAAGUGACGGGGGACAGGCGGGACGCUGUACUCGCGGACUGAACCGGGAAGCUGAAGGAACAGAAACAGGGCGGGGGAUGUGGUCAUGUCGCAGAUAGAUAAUCUUAACCGAGAUGCCGAGUAGCAGCACUAACGCACACGUGGAGGUGGGGGGGGGGCGUGGGGGGCUGGGGGGAGGUCGCAGGUCAGACGGUCGUUAUAGAGGUUCAGCUCUGGCCCGGCUGUACAGCAGCAGGUAACGGCAGGCGCACUGUGAGAAGGUAAAAUGGACCUGCUUGGGCCUUCACCUGUACGAGCCAGCUCCGGCAGAGACAAGGUCGGGAGCAGCACUGGGACCACAGCAGCCAUUUACCCCCUGCACUCCCCACUGUGGCCUGUAGGGGGCACCCCUGCUCUGUAGACUACGGCCUUGUAGCAGUGUUCGGGGCUCCGCUUACUCUGUGCACUAAUGAUAAUAGCGGAAUUCCAUCCACAGUCGACCACGUUCAGCCGUGAAGAAUAUAUAUAUAUAUAUAUAUAGUUCUUUUUCUUCUCCCCACCCGUGAGAGGUAUUUGAAGUCUUUACUCACCACCUUUAGAGGGAACAAUUCUCUUUUGGAAUUUCAGGAAACCUUUUAGUACGCACCUUGUUUGCCUUGCAGAGAAAGGGCGUGGGUGGCUAACAGUACUGUAUUGCAUUACUGUGUGUGUGUGUGUGUGUGUGUGUGUGUGUGUGCGUGCGUUUGUAGAUUUCGUCCCUUGCGCUCCUGACGAGAUCUGCAGCUGCUUGUAAAGUCCCGUGCUGAGAGGAGCUUAAAUGGCUAUCGGGGUGUCUGUAGCUGUAGACCGGGGGGGGCCAGUCUUAUCCGAAAUGGGCCGGUGUGUGGGUGCAGGUUUUUUGUUUUGGCCCCGCACUAAUAGACCCAAUUCAACCUAUUAACCAAUCAUGGUCUUCAGUCAAGACCUUGAUAAAUAGAAUCAGGUGUCUCAGUGCUGGGCUAAGACAAAAACCUGCACCCACACCGGCCCUCUUCAGAUUAGAUCGGACACCCCUUCUGUAGAUUUUCAUGUUGACUCUUGAAUCAGAUUAACUCUUUUAUGAUUUUUUUUUUUUCCUUGGUUGAUCAAUAUGUGCUUUACUUGUUAGAUACAGAAGUUUUGUAUCACAGCAGAUAGUGUAGUUUGAACAGAGUUUAAUGUCUUGCUGAAACCAGGUGCAGUAGUUGAGCUGUUGCAAAAAUGAGUGCAGUUUACUGUGAUAUUAUAUGAAUCACAUAUAAUGUGUCUAGAAAAAAUAAAAUUUUAUUUGUAAUGUGUUUAAUAUUAUGGAAUAUUUUAUAUUUUAUUAGGACUGUCUUGAAUUUACAUUUAAAAGCAAUCGACGAAUUAAUGAACAUGAUUGGGGGGAGGGGAGGGGAGGGGUCUUGGGCUUGGCAAAUAACGGAGUCUGCUGUCUGUCCUCAUUGUAAUGUGUUCAUCACUGGAUUAUGAUUGUUUUCUUGUCACCACCGUUGUUGCACUUCAAAAACGGUUCCGUUGAUUUAGAAGGAAUUUGAUGUUUGCCGACCUGAAUUGCUCCCACCAGGACAUAUGUCCUUAAUGUCAUAGCUACCUUUUUUAAUCUGUUACACGAUAAUGCCUUCACAGGCGAACACCAGCUGACUUCAAUCCGCACAAUUGUUAGUGUCCUUGUAAACUAGAAACACAGCUAGUAGCCUACUUCUGAUUUGAUUCUAGUUUACACAGGAAUAAAAAAGAAAAGUUUCAGUAGGGUUUGUCUGAAGCACCGACUUUAUCACGUGUUUGCUGUGUACACGUCACAAUCAAUGCCCACUCCUUCGUUAUUCUGUAAUCAAAAGACACCGCUCCCAGGUCCGUUUUGUCAUAGCAAUUCAGUGGUUGUUACUCACAAAUUGUAAUGUACGAGUGCUUUUAAAUCACUGCUAUCGUUUCAGUUUCUACUUUGUAAAAUGUUAUUAACCAAAAUAAAAAAAUGUUAAAAUGUUUAUUAAAUAUAAGCUUUGUUU